AUGGAUGCUAUAGUAACAAAAAUGGAGGAGACUCUUGAGAGAAAGAAGUCGAUUGUACAAAUAGUUGAAAAGAGAACAAAUGCUAUUGAUUAUAUUAGAAGAAUACAUGAAGCUGCAUACUAUACCAAUCAAAAACCACUGCAUUGGAUGAAUGUAGCUGCCAUACAGAAAACAGACUUUGAUAAAGCUGUCGAUAUACAAAAGAGAUUAUUAGGAUGGUUUAGUUUAGGUUUAAGUUUAGCACCAUUACUCUCAACGGAUAAAGGACCUGCAUUUGUUAGAGCGUUGGUUCAAUUGAUGGAAGAGUAUGACUAUCACUACGAGACUGGCACUGCAAUGCAGGGUAUGAAGGUGCUGCUCUCCAAGAAGCAGCCGACACACACCACCGUCAAUGAGAACGACCACAUCAAAUCAAAGAUCGUAAAGAUCGGAAACACCGUGAUCUACGAGUUCCUAAAGAUCUUUAAUAUAUCGAUGGCAAAGGAUUUGGAUUAUUUUCACGUGGUGUUUAGUUUGCUGGAGAUCCUCGAGCAGAUCUACAAAAAGUUUGAUAAGGAAACCUGCUCGUCAAAGUAUGUCUAUGAGGCGAUCGUCAAGAUAGACUCACGGCUCAAACAUCAGAUAUUUGGAUUCCUCACAAAGGAGAUCGAUAAGAUAGCGGCACAGAUCAUCAAGGAGCAACUAGAGUUCACCAUACUCUGCACCUCCACCAAAGACAGAGACAUUCAACAACACCAACAGAUACAAUCGAAACUAGCAAACUCACUGUCAUCUUCCACCUCAAACAAUGAUAAAAAUACAAGUUAUUCUGAUGACUAA